AUGAAUGCUCUGAGCAAGCAAAACAAAAGAACGGAAGACGGAGAGGAUGAAACUAAUAGAGGAGAUUCAACCAUGUUUGAAAGCGAUGUUGUUGAUCUUCCUUUGGCCAAAAGUAAUGAUGAUCAACAUUUGGUCAAAAACAAUAUAAGUGAAGAUGGCGAGCAUGACAAGAAGAAAAAGAAGAAGAAACAGAGUGAAGAAAGAAAGCAUAAUGAGUAUGACCAGUUCAAAGGGGACGAAUUUGAAGAUGGUGAUGACGGAACGGAAAUGAAAAAGAAGAGGAGGCUAAUUGAAGAUGGAGAGCAGUGCAAGAAGUUAAAGAAAAAGAAAAAGAAACUGAGUGAAGAAAGCAAACAAAAUGAUUAUAAGGAGGUCAAAAGCAAUGAAUGUGAAGAUGAUGACCAAGGAAAGAAGAUGAAAAAGAAGAAACUAAUUGAAGGAAACACACUUAAUAUACGUAAUGACUUUAGCAGCAAUGAAGGUGAAGAUGGAGGGCAGGCCAAGAAGUUAAAGAAAAAGAAGAAACAGAGUGAAGAAAGUGAACAAAAGGAUUAUAAGGAGGACAAAAGCAAUGAAAUUGAACACGCCGACCAUGAAAAGAAAGUGAAAAAGCAGCGGAAACUAAUUGAAGGAAACAUACUUAAUGUGCGUAAUGACUAUAGCAGCAAUGGAGGUGAAGAUGGAGAGCAGGCCAAGAAGUUAAAGAAAAAGAAGAAGAAACUGAGUGAAGAAAGCGAACAUAAGGAUUAUAACAAGGUCAAAAGCAAUGAAUGUGAAGAAGAUGAUGACCAUGAAAAGAAAGUGAAAAAGAAGAAGAAACUAAUUGAAGGUGAAGAUGGAGGGCAGGCCAAGAAGUUAAAGAAAAAGAAGAAACUGAGUGAAGAAAGUGAACAAAAGGAUUAUAAGGAGGACAAAAGCAAUGAAUUUGAACACACUGACCAUGAAAAGAAAGUGAAAAAGCAGCAGAAACUAAUUGAAGGAAACAUACUUAAUGCGCGUAAUGACUUUAGCAGCAAUGGAGGUGAAGAUGGAGAGCAGGCCAAGAAGUUAAAGAAAAAGAAGACGAAACUGAGUGAAGGAAGCGAACAUAAGGAUUAUAACAAGGUCAAAAGCAAUGAAUGUGAAGAAGAUGAUGACCAUGAAAAGAAAGUGAAAAAGAAGAAGAAACUAAUUGAGGGAGGCAGACUUGAGGAGUGUAAUGACGUUACAAGCAAUGGAGAUGGUGACCAAGGAAAGACGAAAAAGAAGAAGAAUAAACCAAGUCACAAAAGAAAAAGCAAGGACAAUGAUUUUAAUAGCAAUCAAGGUGAAGUUAACAAUCAAGGCAAAAAGACAAAGUCAUCUGGGUCCAAACAGGUAACUUUUUCCAAUCAAGUGGAGGAGUUUUGUUGUGAUGGCUUAGUGCGUGGGAAACGUUUUACACCCGAAGAAGAUGAGAAAAUCAAAGCAGCUGUUUAUGACUAUAUAGAUUCUCAUGGUCUGGGAGAUGAAGGUCUAGAUAUGGUUCUUCAUAGCGCUUCCCACCCUUCAGUUAGAGGUUGUUGGAAGGUUAUUGGACAAGCCCUGCCUCAUAGGCCUGUGGAUAGUGUGUAUGCACGUGGUCAUGUUUUGUUUAUAAACAAUGUGGAAUUUGAGUGGACACCUGAUGAGCGUGAAUUUAUACGGAAGUCCUACGAGCAACAUGGACCUGAUUGGAGGGCAAUAGCUGAUGCUUUGGGUAAAAGUCGAUAUCAGGUAAAAGAUUUGUGGCGCAGAUUAAAGUGUACUGGGAGUAAAAAAGGACCUUGGUCCCAAGACGAAUAUCAAACUUUAUUUAAUUUAGUAAACCUCGAUCUCCGUACAAGGGCUUUAGAGCCUUAUAGAAGAUCCCAACAUGGUAUGUUGCGAGAUAAUAUUUGUUGGGAAGCAAUUAGUCAGAAGUUGAAAACCCGAGACACUGCAAUUUGCUGCACGAAGUGGUAUGGACAGUUAAUAUCACCAAUGACUGCAAGCGGUGACUGGUUAGAUUCCGAUGACUUCCGCUUGAUAGAUGCUUUAUAUGCUUUGGAUGCUUGCUCCAUGGAAGAGGUAGACUGGGACAAUCUAAUUGAGCAUAGGUCUGGUGAUGUAUGCAGACAACGGUGGGAUCAAAUGGUCCAACAUAUUGGCGAUCGUGCAGGGAAGUCAUUUAUUGAGCAGGUUGAAAUUCUUGCUAAGAGAUUCUGUCCAGACUUAUUGGAAGCAAGAGUGGCUUUUGAAAACAAACCUGUGAUUUGUUGA